AUGGAAAGGCUGAAGACUAAAAGAACGACCCGACGCGCGCAAAACACAAGACUCAUCAACGAGGCAAGUGCUCUCUUACAAAAUCAAGAUUCAACGAUUAGCCAGAUUACCACUGUGGCCGAAAGAUUGCGCGCCAAUAACGAUGAGCUCAGGAGGUUGAACGAAGAGUUUGAGGGACACAUACCAGAUGGUUCGUUCGAAACCGAAUUUCAGGCAGUCGUCCAAUACGAAGAUGAAGCGACUGCCACCAUCAGUGCCCUCCAAUGCAGAAAAGAUCUCCUAGAUCAGAUAUCGUCUCGAGGGGCCCCUAGGGAACCUAGUCGUCACCCAAACGACACCCAAGGCAGCAGACAAGCUGGAACUAGGUUACCGAAGCUCACCAUUACGCCAUUCAAGGGUGAAAUAUCAAAGUGGUCAGCGUUCUGGGAACAGUUCGAUGAAACAAUUCACAAGAACGCCAGUCUGUCCACCAGCGAAAAGUUCGGCUACCUUCGAAUGUAUUUGGGCGGAGAAGCGGAAGCAGCUGUGGCUGGAUUACCAAGGACAGAGACUUGCUACGCGGAUGCAAUUGAGAUCCUCAAUCGCCGUUUUGGAGACAAGAAACGAUUGGAGCAGGAAUAUUUCUCCAGUCUGAGGCUGAUUUCACCUGUCAAGUCAGCCAACGAUACCUCAGGUCUACGAACGAUGUUCGACCAGGUGCAAAUCAAUAUACGAGGCCUCCAGACAUUGGGUGUGAAUAAGUCAAGUUUUUCGUCGAUGCUCUGCGAUAUUUUGAUGCGAGCUCUUCCACGUGACAUCGUCGUGAACUACCACAGAACCGCUCAUUUGUCUGCGGCAACUGCCAUGCCUGGCCCAAGCAGCCAGCCUGACCGCUCAGAACUGGAUCGACUACUUGAUUUUCUAGCUAUCGAAGUCGAAAGUCGGGAGAAAAGCGAGUUUAAGAUCACAGAAACGAAGAACACAAAGACCACAAGAUAUGAGGACAACAUAGCUCGACGUGAAUCGUCUAGACCGACCUCAUCGGUGCUCUACAACAGACCCUCACCACAUAAAACGAGAUGCUGUUUCUGCAACGGAACAAGCCAUAGUUCUGCAGGCUGUUCUUCCUCUCUUCCCCUGGACCAGAAGAAACAGCGUUUGACAAAAGAGAUGAGAUGCUUCAGAUGCACUCUCAGUGGCCAUCGAGCAAGAGACUGCAGACGAAAGAUCAGCUGUGCCACAUGCGGUGGAAGACACGCUAAGUCCAUGUGUGACCCGACGCGGAUCAAAGCUAAAGAAGGUAAAUCGGACACACAAAACAGCAUGACGGUUUGUACUACAUCAAUUCACCGAGAAUUCAGAGAGUCCGGAGCGGUGCUUCUGCAAACCUUCCGGGCAUGGGCUGUCAGCGGUACCUCAUGUAGGUAUGUUAGAGGUGUUAUCGACGGAGGCAGCCAACAGACGUUCGUCACCGAGGAUCUGUCAAGACACCUUCAGCUUAAGUGCGUUGGCUACACCAAGAUGGCGCUCAACACAUUUGCUUGUGCUUCAACUCAACAGUGCAAGAAGCGUCGUGUAGUGGAGCUUGAACUUAGAAGUCAAUUCAACAUGGACGGAUGCAAGAUCGAAGCGAUCGAAAUCCCAGUGAUAUGUCAAGACAUAGCUACCUUAACGACAGAUUCAGUCUUCGUAGCUGACAUGGAGAAAAAUGGAAAGUUUAUUGCCGAUCGCCUCAUGUUUCCAGCGGUUGCCGCACAACCAGGCAUCAGUAUUUUGAUUGGCUCUGACCAAAUGUGGGGCUUUAUGACUGGUGAAGUCACUCGGAGUAAGACCUGCAGCACCCUUGUUGCAUUAAACACCAAGCUUGGUUGGACCUUCCAAGGACGGACAUCCAUCCUGAAGUCACAAAAAAAACACUCGAACUUGGUCGUCUGUGUCCUGCAGAUCACCGGUACAGAACAGGUUGAAGGCGCUCUCCGAUCAUUCUGGGAGUUAGAAAGCCUGGGAAUCACAGAUUCAGAAGACCAGAUGUCCGAAACAAGCCAAGUGAUGCGCCAUUUCGAGCAGAACAUUCGCCGGUCUGGCACACAGUACGAAGUGGCACUACCGUGGAAGGACAAUAUAGGUGUCCUUAAGGACAACAAGCAAGUAGCGAUGACGAGACUGAGGAAACUAAACGCAGGAAUGACUCUCCGAAAGUGGACGACGAAUUCACAAGCGCUGAGAGAUGUGCUACUUCAAGAAGAGGCAAAUCCAGAAAACACUACGCCUAUCCUUGAACAAAGAACAAUGAAGGUUCUGGGAAUUGUCUGGGAUCCAGAGAAGGAUGUUUUGAAGUUUGCGUUGCCAAUUUUACAAAACUUCCUAGAGCUGCAUGAUGGCACUAAGCGAUUUGUUCUACAAGCAGCGUCUAGGAUUUUCGAUCCCCUGGGAGUCUUGUCGCCCUUCACAAUCCGUGUGAAGACACUGUUUCAGAAACUAUGGGCGAGAGGAAUCACUUGGGACAGUGCUCUACCCGAGGAUCUGAACAACGAAUGGCACGAAUGGUGUGGUGACCUGCCAAAGAUGGAUGCACUCGUCAUCCCCAGAUUCGUAUUCCAAGCAGGACAAGGCAAGGACACCCAGAUUCAUAUUUUCUGCGACGCAAGCCCGACUGCCUAUGGAGCUACAGUGUACGUAACAACGAAGUCCUCGCCACCUGAACAACCUACACUUUUAUUGGCAAAAGCACGGGUUGCUCCAAUCAAGAAACAAACUCUUCCUCGCCUGGAACUUAUGGGAGCCGUCAUCGCAUCGAGACUCCACAAAUAUCUUGAGAAGACCAUCCCAUGCAUUCCGUAUGACUAUACGUUGUGGACGGAUUCUCUCAUCACACUUGCAUGGAUCAAGAGCGACCCCAGCAAGUGGAAGACUUUCGUGUCCAACCGAGUUGCAGAAAUACAAAGGGACACCGAUCCUUCUCAUUGGAGGUACUGUCCGGGAAAUGACAAUCCAGCGGAUUUGCUUACCCGUGGCAUCACAGGUUCUCGACUGGUGUCGAGUGAUUUAUGGUGGUCAGGACCAAAAUGGUUGACUGAAAACGAAAAUGAAUGGCCUGAUUUGAGGUCGAGUAACGAAGCAGAGACUGACUUGUUGAAAGAAGAGAGAAAAGCAGUUCAUGUGAUAUUGCAAACAACACCACCUGAACCGCUGUUGGAUUUGACAAAGUACAGCGAACUCCAUCGGGCUUUAAGAGUGACGGCGUGGUGCCUUCGAUUUCUGAGGAACUGCCGAAAUGGCAAACCGUCACAUGGACCACUGAGUGCCGAGGAAACCACUGCGGCCGAACUAUACUGGAUCAACAACGUUCAGAACAGUACUUACUCAGACGAGAUAAAAUGUCUCUCGAAGAAAGAAAAUGUUCACAAACAAUCGUCUCUAGCAGAGAUGAGUCCAUUUUUGGAUGAAGACAAUAUCAUCCGGGUUGGAGGCCGGCUUCAGAUGCUGCCAGCAUCGGACAAUGUGAAACACCCAAUCAUAUUGCCGAGUGAGCACUACUUCACCACCCUGGUCGUACAGAACGCCCACUGCAAGAGCAGGGGUACGCUAUCCUCAAUGACGAAACUUGUCUCUGUUCUCUUCAAAUGGGAAAACGAAGCUGACAACCUCCCUGGCGCAAAGAAUGAAGUCCUUUCGGACGGCGACACGGAGGCCGUCACUAACGUCAGCGAGGAAGCCGUCUACCAAGCGGCGACUGAGGAUGUCCUCCUAACUGCCUGA